CGUCCGAUUGGAAAUCUCGUGCCGUUGAUUUUUCCCAAUGUCAUUAAACCCUCGUCUGCGAUAAAGCCUCUGUCUUUUAGCUGCAGUAGCUGAAGCCCAGGAUUCUCCUCGUCUCGACUCCAACCCCCCUUCGCUUCUCUGCUUGAUCUGCCAAGAUGUACACCUCAAGGAAGAAGAUUCACAAGGACAAGGAUGCCGAACCUACUGAAUUUGAGGAAUCAGUUGCACAGGCACUAUUUGAUUUGGAGAAUACCAACAAUGAAUUAAAAAGUGAUUUGAAGGAUCUCUACAUCAACUCAGCAGUUCAAAUGGAUGUAUCUGGAAACCGCAAAGCAGUUGUUGUUUAUGUACCCUACAGAUUGAGGAAGGCAUUCCGCAAGAUCCAUCUUCGCCUUGUCAGAGAACUGGAGAAGAAGUUCAGUGGAAAGGAUGUUGUCCUCGUUGCCACCCGUAGGAUAAUGCGCCCCCCUAAGAAGGGCUCAGCUGUUCAGAGACCUCGCUCCCGUACCCUGACUUCAGUCCAUGAUGCCAUGCUUGAGGAUGUAGUCCAUCCUGCUGAGAUAGUUGGCAAGCGCAUUAGAUACCACAUUGAUGGGGCCAAAAUAAUUAAGGUUUUCUUGGAUCCCAAGGAGCGAAACAACACGGAAUACAAGCUGGAGACUUUUGCUGGAGUUUACAGGAAGCUUACUGGAAAAGAUGUGGUUUUUGAAUAUCCAGUUACUGAUGCCUGAAGAACUUUCAUCAAUGCUUCUCUGUUUUGUUAUUUUAUUUUAGAGCUCAAAGUUGGGUAGUUUUGUUUUUUUUUUUUUUUUGGUUUAAAUUUUGAGUGACAAGUGAAACUUUUACAAUGUAUUAUUACUUAUAUAAAUUUAUGCAUGAAGG